GUUCUAUCAUUGCUAUGGAGCAGUAUAUUCUCGACUUCCGAAAGUGUUCAUCCAAAAUGGCAGAAGGUGGGCCUCCUGAUCUGGAAACCCAGAAAACUGAAAUAGGAAAUUUGUUGAAAACACAACUUAAAAAAGGUGAUACGUGGUAUCUUCUAGACAUUCGCUGGUUCAAGCAGUGGAAAAAAUAUGUGGGAUAUGAUUCCUGGGAUACUUUAAGUGCUGGAGAUGAGGCUGUCAACCCUGGGCCUAUUGAUAAUUCUGUUCUGUUUAAAGAAGGUAGCUCUAAUCAGUUAAAAGAACAUUUGGUUGAUGAGUUAGACUUUGUUUUGGUGCCUGCUGAAGCAUGGAACAAACUGGUGUCUUGGUAUGGUCUUGCACCUAAUCAGGAGCCCAUUGGUCGCAGUGUGAUUGAACAAGGUAUGUUUGUGAAACACUGUCGGGUAGAGGUGUACUUGAUGGAUCUCAAGUUGAGUGAGAAUUCCGAUAUUAACACUCAGGUUACCAAGCAGUUCAGUCGAGCAGCAACUAUAGAGGAUGUAGAGAAAGAGAUGCGGAAGCUGUUCAAUAUUGAUGAGAGCAAAGAGGUACGGCUCUGGAAUCGCUAUAUGAGCAACACUUAUGAACAUCUCAGCAAGAAAGACAACACUCUGCAGGACGCUGGCUUAUAUCAGGGUCAGGUUAUCGUGGUUGAACAAAAGAAUGAGGAUGGCACAUGGCCAAGACAGGCAAAGAACACCAGUACAUACAGUAGCAAUAACUACAUGUCCAAGUCUGGUGGCUACAGUUCAAUGAGUAGUAGCAGUUCAAGUAGCAUGAGUAACAGCUACAGCAACUACGACAGCAGUUAUGGUAGCACCAGCAAUAGUUACUACAACAGUUAUGACAAAGGUGGUAGCUACAAGCCUGGUCUUUGUGGAUUGGCCAACUUGGGCAACACUUGCUUUAUGAAUUCAGCAUUACAGUGUAUGAGCAAUGUUCCAGCAUUGACGGAGUAUAUGCUGAGCAAUCGAUGGGAAGAAGAACUGAACAAAGAAAACCCACUUGGAAUGAGGGGGGAAAUUGCUGUUUCUUUUGCUGAACUCAUCAGAGAAAUGUGGUCUGGCACUCGAGCCUAUACUAUGCCUAGGAAUUUUAAGAUUGCUGUGGGCCGAUUUGCUCCUCAGUUCUCAGGAUAUCAGCAGCAGGACUCGCAGGAGUUGAUGGCAUUUCUUCUGGAUGGUCUACACGAAGACUUAAACCGAAUCCGCAAAAAACCUUACAUUGAACUAAAGGAUGCUUCAGGUCGAGAUGAUGCAGUGGUUGCAAGAGAAGCUUGGGAAAACUACAAAAAACGCAAUGACUCCAUCAUUGUGGACAUCUUUCAUGGACUUUUGAAGUCCACUGUCCAAUGUCCAGACUGCCAGAAGAUCUCUGUGACCUUUGACCCCUUUUGCUACCUAUCGUUGCCUAUGCCAAUCAAGAAGGAGCGGCAGAUGGAGGUGUUUUAUCAGGCUUUGUCGCCAUCAGCAAAACCUGUACAGUUUAAGCUGACUGUUCCGAAAGCUGGCUGUGUGUUGGACCUGUGUAAGGCUCUGUCAGCGUAUGUUGAGAUUCCUCCUGAAAGGAUGGUCGUGACAGAUGUCUACAACCACAGGUUUCACAAGAUUUUUGCAAAUGAUGAAGGCCUCAGCCACAUCUUGGAUCGAGAUGACAUAUUUAUAUACGAGGUGCCAGCAAGUGUUACAGAAGGGGCUGAUUACCAGUAUGUCCCUGUAUAUUUUAGAGAACUCAAGCGACGGUCACAUUCAAACUACACAACUUCAAACCAGCUGUUUGGACAGCCCAUGCUAGUUGCUGUGCCCCAUAACUGUACUUAUGAAAAGCUGUACAGUCUUUUGUUGGAACGCAUGUCGCGGUUUGUGCGGCUACCUCUGCCUGGAGACCUGUGGUGGAAAGAAGAGAACAAAGAGGAAGAAGAAGAGAACAUUGUUGAGGACAGUGUACAGGAAGAUCAGUGGCAGUCUCAACCCUCUCAUUCAGCAGAUGACGACAAUGGUAACAGCAGUGGUGAUGUCAAGAUGGAGACAGAUCGUGCCGGAGGAGACAAUGAAAACAAAGAUGGAGAAGCAUCCACAUCAACCAGCAGCCGCAAGCAGUGCAGUGGGGUGCGCAUGAACUGGGAGACAGAUGACCGAGAGUCAGAGAGCAAGGCGGAACAAGAAUCCCCUCCUAUCUUCACCCUGACUGCUGUCAAUUCCUAUGGAAGUGCUGACUCGGGUGUCCGUCUAGAGAACAAUGGCAAACCCCUCAAACUUACAAAUCGUUCUUACAUAGCUGUAGACUGGACUCCUCUUUCAAAAGAAAAAUUCUAUGAUGAGAAGCUGGCUGAGGACAUGGAGCAGCACGACAGCAUGCGUUUUCGUACCUCCCAGAAACGCCCUGUGCUUCAGCUGGAUGACUGCCUGCGACUGUUCACCGAGGCUGAGAAGCUGAGUGAGCAAGAUCCGUGGUAUUGUCCACAGUGCCGCAAGCACCAGCAGGCCACUAAAAAAUUUGACCUUUGGUCUUUUCCCCAGUACCUCAUCAUACAUCUAAAGCGCUUCUCAUACAAUAGAUACUGGAGAGAUAAGAUUGAUGCUUUGGUGGAAUUCCCAACACAAGGUCUGGACCUGCGAAAAUACAUUAUCAACCCAGAAGCCAGAGAUGUCAACAACGUGUAUGACCUAAUAGCAGUCACAAACCACUAUGGUGGUCUGGGUGGUGGACAUUACACGGCCUUUGCACAGAACAAAGAUGACAAGGAGUGGUACUACUUUGAUGAUUCCAGUGUUUCUAGCUCUUCAGAAGAAUCAGUGGUGACUAAGGCAGCUUAUGUGCUGGUGUAUCAAAGAAGAGGACCAGAUGGGGUGCCCCGCCAUGUGCCCAACAAAUCUCGCCCACCACCCUCUGCUACCACCACCAGCAUCACUGCAGCCUCCACCACAGAUGGAGAUACUACUGUCAAUGGUUAUAACUCGGACGAUGAGAUGGAUACAAACUGACGACCGUACAAACUAAGUGAUAUUAUGUGUGAAUGCAGUCGAGACAGUGGACUUCAGACAUUGCUGCACAUCAGAAAGAACAGCUUGGUGAAAGAUGAGAAAGUUAAACCUGAUCGCCCAAAGUUCCUUCCAUGAGCACUUGCUGCAGAAAAGACUAGCAGAAGGAAAUGGCCUGAUUUGCGUAACUUGAGGGGAAUUCUCUGUGCAUGAGUUUGUAUGUUCUUACAAUCAGUGAGCUGUAUGUGAUGGUUGAAAGUAACCGAAUGAAAGGGACUAUUUCUUUAAAUAUGUGAUUUCCAUGGAGCUCUGGAGGUAAUGCUGAAGACUAGACUGGAAGUUUUGGCAUUCUUGUCAAAAUGAAAGUCUUACACACAAAACCUCACAUGGCUGGGCCGUAGACAAGAGACUAUAUUAGAAAAGAACAGCAUAUGCCAUACACCAUUAGGAACAUGGUCACCAAGACACCUAAAUUGCUCUUGGAUGCUACUAUAUACUUUCUGUAUGCUCCGGUGUGAUUUGUAAUUUUUUGUUUCGACAACGGCCACAGAGGAGGGUCAGAUUGGUUCAUGUUGGCACAUGAACAUAUUCAUGUAGAAUAAAGUCUUUUUUGACUUUGCUUUUGUGAAAUAAAUUUAUGGAUGUCUGAUUCUGAAUCCAUGCUUUGCCCAUCUCUUUCUUCAUGUGGUCUGCUCUAUUAACAGUUACAAAACUGAUGGACUCAUCUGUCAAGCAAAACAAGGUGUAGACAUUCUUUUUCCACAGUAAAUAUGUGCCUAUAGUCUUUGCUCUUGGUUGCUGCCUGCAUCUGCAUGGCUUAGUUUGAUGGAUGAGAGUAUUGGCAUAUUUUGCAUACCUCCUGCUGAUCGUUCCUAUGUUGUCGGACAUCCUCAUGCCCCAAACACCGUGAACAGCAAAUGUAAGUAGGAUACAAACAUUCAAACCCUGCACUUCCUAUGUUUGGUCCAGCACAUAUUGCCUCUCUUGAGUGUUGGCUUCCAUUGAAGAUCCAUCCUGCGUGAGAUAGAAUGCAGUCAUCCUGACACUCUUAUCUCUGGCAUUAUCAAGGUCCGGGUUCUGCUGUCAGUAGAGCUGGUGCAAGUGAGGUUUUUUUUUGUUUGUUUUCAGAGCACUUUAUUGACAUCAAGGAGGCCAUAGGGUAAAAUGAUGGGAGCUAGCAAAAGCGGUGCUUGUGUGCUUGUAUGUUGAAAGUUAUUCUCAGUGUGGUGUUGUGAAACCUGGAUUUCAAUGAAAUCAAAAGAUUCCGAUCUUGUGUGUAGUUCUAAAUUUGUCAUGCUUAUGCAUGCUAUUAACACCAUAACUGUGAAUGUACACACAUAACAUCUACUACUGCUUCUUGGUAAAAUCUUACCCCAGAUCUCUUCUGUAAAGUUGUGUAUUUGUAGAAAAAUGCAUCCCUAGAUAUACAAUACAAUGCCUGUUCUUUGGCUGUUGACGUCUUCUUUCCAUGUCUUCAGGAUUAAGUUAUUUUACUGUCCGCUGUACAUGGACUACUGCAAGUGCACUCUUGAUAAUUAUUUUCCUGGAUUUCUUUAUUAUUAUUUUUUUAUUUGAUGCUAAUCAGCUGAAACUGGCAUUUAUGCACUCAAAACAUAGACAUGCAGGCACUCACACAGAGGUUGUGAAGACAUCGAUUUUGAAAAGUACACCAACAUUCUUGAGCAGUUUGUGUUUGCAUUGUCCAUGAAUGAUUAUAGACUGAGAUAGUUAAGGAGCAAUAAACUGCGCACCAAUGCUUGCUGCAGUGGGAUUAUAUAUACAGCUUAUUUUGAGUGUUUUAUGAGACUUAUUGCAUGCUUCAGAUUUUAAAUCCCUGGUUCUUUAUGAUGCCAGCCUAGACAACUUGAGCAGUAUGCUUGAAAAGAAGUGCCCCAAGUGAUGUCUCAGGCAAAAGAAGUGGUUAAACAGCCUUGUGUAUUUUUGAUGAAGAAUCAUCUACUUACCAUAAAACCACCAAUGCUUAUUUGUGCCACACAUGCAGUCUCUUAACAAUACUUUGCACCCAUCUUGAAAAUACAUACUUAUUCUGUGUCAGAGAUGGCUGUUGCUGUGAUAAAUCUGUAGCUAUCUGCCUGUUAAUCUAGUUUCCUGGAAGAUUUCAACAGCAUUUUGUUCCCAAUAAUUGUCUACAAUUGUAUCGUAUGCCUCCAUAACAUCUAAUCGAGCAUGUUUUUUUCCCAAUCAGAUCAUUGCAAUAAGCAACCACAACUGCUUGUCUUCUCUGCAUCUCACAAUCUACAAAGCCUACAUUAUACAAAGCCUACAUUCUCUGUUAUGCAUCACACAAGCAACUCCUGCUUCCUCUGCAGCUAUUCAUGCUGAGCUUAAGGUGCAGCAGGCAUGGGGUCUGACAGUAAAAUGGUGUUCAUGAAAACACUGGAGCAUCUUGAAGAACUUUUCAAAACAAUUCAGGGAACAUGUAUUCUUCGGUUCCAGAAUCUUUUGUGUGGUGAUGUCACGAACAAAAUUAGUAAAACACUGUUCUGUUGUGCUGUGUCAGUUCCCAAGUCAAUCUGCAUGUUGGGUGUCUACAUCUCUAUGAUCCAGGUUUCCUUGACUGGUUCACACCAAACAGUCAUUAGUGAAAAUGGAAAGUCUUUCAUAGCAAUGUGAUAAGAUCUUAAAACUGAAUUGUUCCAUUUUUAAAAAAACCUAUUAGGGUGCAGCUUUCAUUCCAUGACCCUUCCCAUUGUUAUUAUUCAAAAAAUAGCUUGGCUUUAAUUUUUGAAGCCAUUUUAUGAAACAGGUUAAAAUGUAGCACUGCUAGUCUUGUAAAACUUGCUUUCUGUUGACAUUGAUCUACGCUUUGACAGAUCAGUCGUUUGCACUUACAUAAACAGCAUGUCAGAAUGAGGCCUUCAUAAAAUAUGAAGAUCAUGAAUGGUCUUUGCAGUGGGAUGAUUUAUUAAAUGUUUGUCUGUUUGCUAUUUCGUGGAGAAUGUGGAUGGAACACCAAUCUAGAGGACACGCACAGAGAACUAGCCGCGUGCAUGCUGGUGUUUGAAUAUGCUUGUGAGCAUGUGACAUGCACAAAUUGUCUGGCGAAUUGUGUUAAAAGAGUGGGUGUGUAAUUUUGUUACAUCUGGGGCUGUAGCUAUGAACCAGAGGUAACGCUACCUUGGUGGUGGUAGUGCUCCAAAACACAGCUAUGAACCUUGCUAUAUCUAAAGGUUCUCAUCUUUCAUGCAAUCUGUAUUCACAGUCCCUGAGGAUGUAGUUGCAAAGUGGGAUUGAUGCGGACUUGGAAACAGCUACGUGCAUCUGGUCCAUAGUCACAGCCCCUGCAAGGCAGCGAUAUAACCUUAGUUCCAGAGAUGUUUACACUUGCUUAUUCUGUUGUCUGCUCUAUAAAGUAAUGAUUCACUCCCAAGUGCAGUUGUGUGUAUUUAAUGCAUGUGUGUGAAUGCAUUACCAUAAAAUAUUUUGUAAAAAUCUUAGUCUACACACGUGCUGGGACUGGAUUGAUACGGUGCAUACCUUGCAAGGUUUUUUAACAAGCAUGCCUUGCAAGGUUUUUUACAAAUUAGCAUGUAAAAAUUGAGAGGAAGUUUGGAAGUAACACUUUUAUUCCUAGCUGGGUGUGUGCAUGUAUACACAUGCAUGCCAAGUAUGCACUUCAAACACUCGUGACAAAUAACAAAAUAUUUAUUUUAAAUGCACAAAGGAACCAUAAAGUGUUGGCAAGAUGUACAGCGAAUCAUUUUUUUUUUACAGGUUUCUUAUAACUAUCUGAAUGAAUAGUAGCAAUUACAAUGUUCAUUAAAGCAAAAUCUUGUAUCUUACGAAGAAAGAGGAAUUAAUAUGCACCAGUUGGAUACAAUCAUUCAUUGUGUAUUUGGUGUGCAUGGCUUCAUGCAGUGCAUUAAAAAUUAUAGAAUAAUGAAAGAAUAUGCCCAAGAUAUUUUAAUAAAUUUUGCCUCGACUUUUCUUAAAAUGUAAUAUUCCAAGUGUGAACAAUACAAAAAUUUGCCCAUGAUUCAGAAACCCUUGUGAAUUAAAUUUACAAUGGAAAAGUCUCAAUAAAUCAGGUGACCAAAUAGGUGCAUUAGAUUUAAAAUGUCAAUACUGCACCAUAAUAAAUUUUAACUACAUACUCGUAAUGCAGUUUCGUAAAGAAAUGUCAUGGAAAAGCAAUAAUAAUAAUGGACCUUGGUAUGUUGGCACAAAAGUAAUUAAUAACUUACAUGAAAAAAAUGAAGAAAAAUUGACUGCUGGUUUCACACUUUUUACAACUAACCAGUAAUAAUUCACAGCUUCACCUUGCUGAACAGCUGUAAAAAUAGUCAAGGAUUUAAAAAAAA